GUAGGCUCUGUCAGCCGGUAGAGGAGGAAGGUGCCUAUACUGUCUAGCUGCUCGCGCACAACCGCGAGGUUCAGAAAGCAGCACGAGCGAUGCGAGUUGCGAGGAAACACACUAACUAAACAGAAGCACCUCAGUCGAGUAUCGUCUUGUUUCAGCAACGUGAGCAGAAACACAAGCACAGUGAAGCAUGUCGGUGCUAGCUCUGCAAGAGUAUGAAUUCGAGAGACAGUUCAACGAGGACGAAGCCAUCCGAUGGAUGCAGGAGAACUGGAAGAAGUCAUUUCUCUUCGCUGCCCUCUACGUUGCCUUUAUCCUCGGUGGCCGCCAUGUCAUGAAACCCAGGGAGAAGUUUGAGUUGAGGAAACCACUGGUGCUAUGGUCGCUCACGCUUGCCCUGUUCAGUAUAUUUGGUGCCAUCCGUACUGGGAGUUUCAUGAUGCACAUCCUGAUGACGAAAGGGCUUAAACAGUCAGUUUGUGACCAGAGCUUUUACAACGGGCCUGUCAGCAAGUUCUGGGCAUACGCCUUUGUACUUAGUAAAGCACCAGAACUGGGUGACACUCUCUUCAUCGUCCUGAGGAAACAGAAGCUCAUCUUCCUCCACUGGUACCACCACAUCACCGUGCUGCUCUACUCCUGGUACUCCUACAAAGACAUGGUGGCUGGCGGGGGAUGGUUCAUGACCAUGAACUACUUGGUCCACGCCGUCAUGUACUCUUAUUACGCCUUGCGGGCGGCCGGCUUCAAGGUGUCACGCAAGUUCGCCAUGUUCAUCACGCUGACCCAGAUCACCCAGAUGCUGAUGGGCUGUGUGGUCAACUACCUGGUGUACUCGUGGAUGCAGCAGGGCCAGGAGUGUCCAUCCCACAUGCAGAACAUUGUGUGGUCUUCUCUCAUGUACCUGAGCUACUUUGUGCUCUUUGUCCAGUUCUUUAUCGAGGCCUACUUUGGCAAGUCCAAAUUAUCGGCCACGGUUGUCACCAAGAAGAGCGAGUAAAACAAUGCCAUAAGUACAGGAAGAAGAGAGAUAAUGAAGUUAAAUAGGUAAUUGGAAAUGAAGAGCAGGGACCAGUGACUUGAGAUAAUCUGUUAGUGGUAAAGGUUGUUGGAAUGAAAGAUAGGUGAUGCAGAGGUAGCAUGGGGGUGGGGUGCUGGUGGUGGGAGGGUCAAAAGGAUGGUUGGUGUUUGAGCUUGAGCAUCAUACUAUAAUGACAGGAGUCUGUGUGUGUAUAUGUGUGUGUGUGUCUGAGUUUCAAUUAUCUUGCCAACCCUCUGACCGAUCUACUUCCUGCUUGGCGUGUGUGUUGCUGAGGACCUGAGGGAGUGCAGUGCUCCGUGUGAAGUUAUUUGGAUCAGUGGUUCUGUAGAAAAGCCGGCCGGACUUUGGUUAGCACAUGCGCUAUAGACACUUAGGUUAGCGCAUGCGCUGUAGGCGCCCAUCAUCCACACAACAGUGCAGUGACAUCCGCUAACGGCCACUAUGGGAUGUCUCUGUAGGUUUUCUUUCACAAAAUAGCGCGCCUGUCCAUGCCAUUACGUUACUGGUGAUUAGAAAUGAGGAUGUGUGUGUUAACACACGUAAAAAUGCUUUUAUUCGUACCGUUAAGGUACAAGUGCCCGGAGCGGUCGGGCAGCACCGUGCAACAGCGAGAGACCAUCAGGGGGAAAGCGAGAAAUGUAUACAAAUCUAUUAUAUUGUCAUUUAUUCCCAUGUUCCGGGCUCUUCUGGCAGAAGCCGCGCCUCUCGAUCUCUCUGCUCACCAGUGGCACAGUACCGCUAUGAUCUGGUGUCUGCAGCAGCAAAACUCACAAAAUAACAAUGUUGCUCUAAUUCCCAAAUGUAUUGUUACAUUUGGUAAUUAUAGCAACAUUGUUAUACAUUCCAUUUACCAUCUCUUUCGGAAUCUAUCCAACCAUCUCCUGUAAUUCGGCAAACACAUAAUAACACCGAAGAGCAUGUGGUAAAGUAUUUUAAUUCUAUCCUAUUCUAUUCCUAAUUCUAUUAUUUUCCUCUGAAAUGGCCAGAAGUGAAAAGCAGUUUGGCGAGAGUGACAUUCUUUUAACUAACACCACUUUCACAACACUUUCUGCAGCUUUCUACAGUUACUGUGGUGUCUUCCUGAUUUUAUCAGCUUUUUCCUCAUCAACUUCUCACAGAACUUGAUGAGAUAAUAAUUGAUUCAGAAAACAUCUGAAUUUAUUAUCAUUGAAAAGCCUCUCGCCGUCUCCUGUGCUGCAGUACCACUCUCUGCCUGAACGGUUACUGAUGCGGGCCGGGGCGCUGUUUUAACAAAACACAAAUAUCACUAUGUGAUACUGACAGAAUUGUCAACACAAUGGGGCUGUGAGGAGUAUAUGUCUUUCUUAUUUUUUGUUUAGGGGAAAAAUGUGUUAUAUCAGGAGUUUAUAUAAAAAACGCUACCUAAGAAACACAAAUUAGCAAAAGAGAAGGUGGUCACAAGGCCAGAGAGAGGUAGAGUGGGUUCAUUUAUCCCCCCGAGAAUAAUACCAAAGGGAAAUGUCCGGCCCCAGGCCCUUAACUUUCUUAAAAUGUGGCCACCUGAACAAUAUAGAUAAAUGGUGUCGGACAGUCUGAACUGCGACAUUCUUCCAAGCCUGGGGCAUACACAUUAAAUGGGGUUUUGAUUUUAUAGAGGCCAUAAAAUAAAAUAAAUGUAAUGGGACCUUUUGUGCUCAUGAUGCAUAGACUGUAGUGUUGGUACCGUAAACGAGUGCAGAGGCUCACUUCAAAACCCAAGAAGCAGCGGCACACGCACAUCCCAAAAGGGCUCUGCACUAGUUACUUCUGAUGUGCAGAUCUAAAAGGCGGAAAUACAUGUGCCGUCUAUGCUGAGGGAUGCUGAGUGAGCAGCGUUGCCAUAAUCAGAGCAAUCACAACAUGUCCAGCUGAAGUUUAAAAGACCUUUCUUUUAAUUUGUCCUGAAUAGUUUUUAAAGCCUAAAAUAUGACAAAAGGACAAAAUCACCAAAUUAUAAAAAUACGUCUGCCACAAGCAUAUGUUUACUUAAUAUAUAUUUUUAAAAUAAAUUGGUACAUAUGAAGAUGGAGGGAGUCAACGAUAACUCGAACCAUCUGAGUAGGUUUUGUCUGUCUGUCUUCAGUGUUUUUUUGUUUUUUUUGAUCUGUCAAAGAAAGGUGGUGAUGUGAACUGAUGGGGUGAACGGCACUGUAUCUUCUGUGUCUUACAUUGCAAAAUGCGAUAUUUUCUCAGGUUUUAGGUUAUCUCUUUCUUAAUAUAAUAUGCAUAUCGAGACAAAGUAGACAUGUUUAACAUCAGCACCGGUUUACAGUAUGGCUAAAAUUCAUCCAUCAAAUGGGAAAAAGGUAUGAAUGAAGCUGAUUGGACUGACUCCGAUGAUCACACUACUCCUGGGCAUGAUGGGAAACAGAUGCUGACAGUGCCCCGCUUCACCACUUGUCAUGACCUUGCAGAAGAUGCCGACCACACUUGGAAAAUGACUUUCCAUUGAUUUCCAAACACCUCUCUGUUUUGAAGGUUCCCUACCAGUGACAAAAAUGUGUCUGUUGGACAUUGAAGGCCUAAAGGGAGGACGAACAUAUUUAAGUUUUAAAAUUCCAACAUGCAAAUUGUCGAAAUCUGCUGUAUUGACUUUGAAAAAUAGUAUGUAUCCUUAAUGGUGUCUGUUGUGCUAUUGUGCAUUUGCACUGUAUCAAUGUCAAAAACAACUUGCUGAAAAACCUAACGUUUGAACAAAGAAUGCAAAAAUGUGACAUGCCUGUGGUGUUUUGUUUUUUUUGUCUCAGCUGUGACAUCUAGGUCAUCCUUAAUUAUUUUUUUUAGCCUAACGCUACGUGGCAAGUAUAUCUGUUAAGUAGAUGUAAGCAUGAAUGCAUGUCAAACUUGAUUCAGUUGAUUUU